AUGAGAGCCACGACAUCAGAUUCACUGGUUACAUUCAACCAGAAGAUUGUGCUGCGUUGGAAGAAACUCCUGAUCAAGAUCACAAGCAGCUGUCCUAAACGCCAUUACCGGCAUUUGAAACUCGAGAAAUCUCCUUCCACCUCGUCUUCUUCUUCACCACCAUCAGGGAAAAAAGCCACCAGCAGAGUGAUGGCUUCAUUCUUCCUCUCCUUCCAAAAGAAGAAGCAGAAGAAAGAGAAGAUGAAGCGGCUCAACGAUCUCAGGAGUUUCUCGGAUUCCGUCAGCGAAAGAACGGCAUCAAGAAAGAAGGUGUUCCCAUCCAGGCUCACCCCAACUUGCCUCGGUCAAGGCAAGGCUGGUUCACAAAAAGUCUCACAAGAUCUUGAUGCACCUAGAGACAGCACAAGCUCAUUCCUUCCAUGA